AUGUCCCAGCCACGGAGAUCUACACGCAAAAAGCGACAGACACAACUGACUUUCACGCCCCUGCCUUCAUCUUCUCCCGCUGCUUCCCAGUACCCUGAAAAAGUGCGACAGCGAGCUGCUUCAGUUCGAUACGAUGAUGCAAUGUCAAGCCCGAUCAAGAAGCGCCGAGUCGGAGGCUCUCCACCUGUGAGAUCCCCAUUCAGUCGGGCUUCGAGCAAUGCCGGAUCGCCUUUUGGGAGUCAAAAAGUUCAGGUGGUGAUUCCGUCACCAAGCAAGAGCUCGGACCAGCUACCCACCCCGCCUGCAUCAUCACAGGUUGAAAUGGACAAUGAGCCAGAACCACAGAAGAGAAGCCCACUGUCUGGCAAUCCUUCCAAGCAGAACGCUCUCAGUAACUCUAUGCAACCCGUAGCCGGUGCCAACACGACUACUGGAGACGAUGGACGGUCAUUCCUGGGAUUUACCAGCGAAGAAGGAGACGACGACGUACCUAUUCGUAGUAUCAGAAGAACCAGGCCGGCGCCCACAACCUUGACCAGUGAUGAUAGCUCGCAGCCGCAGACGCCUCAAAGGUUAGUGACACCUACGAAGGAAUCAAGGCUUUCUCAGUCGUAUACGCAAGCUAGCAGCCCCCCAUUUGAGACUGAUAACGAAGCACCUACAAGGAGACUGCGGCAGAAGCUCUCAAUUUCGCCACAUGUAACCCGUGCUACGAAUAGCGAUACCAGAGCAAAGGCUGGGCCGUCAGAAGCAAGAAGCGCAAAGAAGAGAGCAAAGCCGAUUGUGAUAACAGAUGGCAGUGAAGACAGUUCAAGCGAGGAUGUGGUGGCGACGCCAGUCCGGAAGCGUAGGACCGUAGCGCAAAUCCAGUCCCCAACCCGAGAAACCGAUCAUGACGAAGAGUCAGAGUCUUCGGAUGAUCUACAAGGAGAAUUGGAGGAUCUAAAAGAGACCGGUACACCGUUGCGCAGUACUCGCACUAGAGAUGGACAUAUUAUGUCUGAGCGGAGCAAGAGACAGCAAAAGCUUGAAGAACUUAGACGACGUCGUGCCGGUAUUAGAGAAGAAUCACAAGACGAGGACGAGCAGAACGGACAGGACGAGGACGAGCAGGACGAUAUUGAGGAGGCCAAUUUGUCAUGGCCGGAGCCCAUACAUCAUGCAAUGCGCAGAGGAGGCAACCUAGACCAAUACGAGGACGACUUUGUGGAUGACGAGGACGACAAUGUGGGAGUUGAUCUCGGAGUUGCGGGCGUGCCCCUCGAACUCACAUACCAUGCCAACAAGAAGCCAUUCGAGUACUUUAAAACGGAGAUCGAGUGGAUGGUCCAUAACAAACUAAAUCCAGCAUUUGAUCGCUAUGACGAAAUGUACGAGCUUGCUUACCGGAAGCUUGAUAAAGAAGUUGAAGGAUUCGUUGGGUCUAAGUUCGCGUCUUCUGUCUGGGGUGGAGAGUUCAACAAAGCACUCAAAGCACGACCCGACCUGUACAGAAUUGAUGUACCAACAAUGCUGGAGCACAAGUGUGAUGCUUGCCGGAGAAGUAAUCAUCCCCCGAAGCAUAAAAUCACAUUUUGUGGCGAACCCUACAAUCGUGAUACGCUAGAAACAAUCGAACACGACGAUGACGACGAUACGGAGGACUCAGAUGAUGACGAAAGCAGCAGUACCCAAGAGGGAGAAUCCUUCUUCCUUGGCAGGUUCUGCUGCGCCAACGCUGAAAUGGCGCAUGCUCUUUAUCACUGGCGUUACGCACUCAAUCAGGGUGUCCUUGCGUGGCUGGCAGCGGAAGGCCAUUUAUCCCCUGCAAAGGUUGUCGAGCGAGACAAUCUGCGCCAGAAAAAGAGACAGAAGGCCACUAAUAAAGUUGUGGAUGGCAUGAAGGAUACAGGGGUCAUGAAGAUGCUCUACAAGCAGUUCAAAGAGAAUCUUGCGGCUGCGAGAGACGCUAAGCCCGAGAGGUUCACGAACAGACAUUGA